GCGUCUUAUGAACGCACAGGAAAUUCAUUUUUUGCAGCGACAUUUAAUGUAAAGAUUAACGCACACGGGCGAUGAACGCUCGACCUUACAUGUGUGAAUACGUUUCUUUGUGUAAAUGGUUAAGAAAUCUUUGCCGUUUUCGUUUGCACCUUUGCUAAGCGAGCUAAUUUGCUAGCUGGUUAGCUAGCGUUAGCUAACUGGCUAGCAGGACAUCGUUAGCCGUCGCAUAACCAUUGCUUUCAGUGGGGCGAAAUAACUUAUAUUCUUGUUGCCAGAACACGAACCUAAUUAGGACUUUUCACAUUUGCAUGUGGAAAAACAAGCUAGCUAGUUGGCUAACCGAGAUCUUUGUGGCACAUUUCCCGUGUCCACCAUACAUUGGAGAUAGUCUAACUUUAGCAAGCUAGCUAGCCAUCUUAACGUUGGCGAGUUUCGUUCUGUCAUCUUUAGCUGCCUAGAACCCGUUCCUCCAGUCAUGGCUAGUGUUUUCCUAUAUAAUUAGUUAGUUAGGUAACUAAACAUUUCAGUUAAGUCAGUGCAGGACGCUUUGGGGAAAGGCUUUAACAAUUCUAGCAGCCAGCUCUUGAGACUUCGGCUGCUUCCUCUGAGGAGAGCUGUUUCCUUAACAUCACGAAGAACAAAAAUGAACAGUUCACCAGCUCCAAGGAUGGUACAGAACUACAAACAGAGCUCCGGAGCAUGCUCCCCGACCAACUCAGAGGACUUAUUGACUCCAGCACACGAGGAGAAUGUGCGCUUCAUACAAUAUACCUGGCAGUGUGUGAUGAGGGAGAUGCAGUCCUGCCAGGGUACUGACAGCAGCAAUAAAGGACCUCAGAAAUAUGUGGAAAGGACCCCAAACCCCAACCUUAGCUCUUUCACACCAGUGGACUUAAACAAUGUCAGACGGCGGAAUACGCAAGACUCCAAAAAACCGUAGUCAUAGUGACCAUCCAGCCUGCUUGUGCAUGUGUUCAGCAAACACCUUUGGUUUUUAAGUCAACUUGUAGAAGGCCCCUGUCCCUCUGCAGAUGCUGUGAACCUACUGAAGACCUGCACUGCUUUUACCUCUAUUCAAUCUGGUCUAAGGUUAUACAAGUUGUGAAGAUACUGCAUUCUUCCAGCGCGUAUUCUGUGCUCCAUUUGUUCUUGGUGCAAACGUGUUUUCCCAGUCCAUGCGCUUGACCUGGUCCGUGAGCUUUAGGAAUCUUAGAUUAAGAGAUGAGAUCUGGGAUGUAGCUAUUCCAUCGGAUGUCCUGGAUCUGUAAUCAUGUACUGGGGAGUCAUUUGGAAAUAAUGCCACAGAGUAGAAACACUGACCUACAAUCAUGUUUUCUCCCUGUUCAUAAUUUUUGUCUACCAAUGCAGAUUCUACAUCAAUUCUCUUGUUCUUAAUACUUCCUUACCAUACAUCCAGGACCCAAUAUUUGUGAUAUCUUAAAACUACAGAGCCAAUUUAGGACGAGGAGCUUUCUAUUUCACUGUGUGCACUAAGGUGUAAAAAGCCACACCAGACUAGCACCCUUGGUCCAGGAGCUCUGAAGCGACACAUUUUUUGUGAAAUCUUACUGAACGCUCUCACCUUCCUCACUGGCCAAAGGAGAGCCAGCACAGAAGAAGCAUGUGCUUACAGUUGCCGCAGGCUCUGACCCACCUCACCUAAGCCCUGUGCAGCCAGAACGUCGUGCAGACACACUGACACCUUACCCCCUCCCUCCCCUCCCUUUUUCAGCAAGGUCUAUUAGGCUGUUCAGUUACGGGCCACGCAGGACCAAACACGUCAUGACUUCCACUCCUGACCUCAAGAAUCCAAAACCCAACACGGAUGCUCCGCUUUACCGUGAUAGUUAGGCCAUUUCAUAAUUAAUAUUCUGUCGUCCAUGUUACUUUGUAAAAACAAAUGUUUUGCUGUUCCUUUUAACUCUGGAAAGAUUGCAUAAUGAGUUGGUGGCCAGACUUAAAACUACAGCUCCAGGAAUAUGGCAGCCUAGUCUAAGUCUUUGAGGAGGAAGGUGAUAUAGGACCAAACAUUCUUAUAUUCAUACUGAUCAAAAA